AUGGUUCCAAACGCUAAGAAUGAGCUUAUUCCAAUAAGGCCAGUGACUGGUUGGAGAGUGUGCAUGGACUACCACAAGCUAAAUGCAUGGACAGAGAAUGAUCACUUCCAUAUGUCAUUCAUGGAUCAGAUGUUGGAUCGUCUCGCUGGAAUGCCAUUCGGGUUAUGUAAUGCUCCAACAACUUUCCAGCGUUGUAUGAUGUCGAUAUUUUCAGAUAUGAUAGAGGAUACUAUCGAGGUAUUUAUGGAUGAUUUAUCUGUGGCUUUUAAAGGAGGUUCAUCAAGAUUUCUCCAAAAUUGCACACCUAUUGUGCAAAUUACUCGAAAAGGAGUGUAA